UAACAAUGCUCAGCUGGGGCACAUCAUUCAAGUUAAAAAAUAAACCGCAUAGAUACGUGGACCUGAACCCGACUUCCACGCUGACGUGGCAGUGAGCGACGAGCCUUCUAAUGACGUAUUACCGGUUGGAGUGUGUCCCGCCUCUGGCACGUGAACAACAUGGCGCCGCCAGUCCCGCAGUUAGCAGUGAGGGGGUCGGACGGGACAUGGCUCUUCUGCAGUACCCCUACCUGCCAGGAGCACCCUUCCUUCCCCAGGGAUACUUGCGCGAGCCGCUGCCUGACGUUCAGCCGUGAUGGCUCGCUGUUGGCAUGGUGCAAUGGAAAAGUCGUGUCGGUGGCGCGGACGUCGGAUGGCUCGUCGGUGGCCACGUUGGAGCUCCCCAAGACGACCAUGCUGCAGUUCUCGCCUCUUGGCAACAUCCUGGUCACCUGGCAGCCCUACAGCAAGAGCGGCCAGGAGGCCCAGGGCGACGGCAACCUUCGUCUGUGGGAGCUGCCUGGCGGCGGCCUGCUCAAAGGCUUGUUCCAGAAGAAGGCGGACGGCUGGUGUCCCAGCUGGUCCCGAGACGAGAAGGUGGCCGUCAGGAUCGUCAGUAACGAGCUGCACUUCUUUGAGGACAACAAUUUCAACGUUAUCGCCAACAAGCUUCACUUGCAGAAAAUUUCCAACUUUGAGCUUUCGCCGGGAAGUCAUCCCAGCAAGGUGUGCGUGUACGUCCCUGGCAGCAAAGGGGCGCCAUCGUUUGUGCGCAUCUUCCAGUACCCGCAGUUGGCGGGGCCCGACGCCGCCCUGGCCACCAAGAGCUUCUUCAAGGCCGACCGCGUCAACAUGCAGUGGAACAACAAAGCGUCGGCCGUGUUGGUGACGGCGAGCACCGAGGUGGACAAGAGCGGAGCUUCGUACUACGGCGAGCAGACGCUGCACUACCUCCACGUCGGCGGAGAGACGGCGCACGUGCAGCUGCCCAAGAACGGCCCCAUCUACGACGUGGCCUGGAGUCCCAACUCGAGCGAGUUCUGCGUGGUUUACGGCUUCAUGCCGGCAAAGGCCACCAUCUUCAACCUCAAGUGUGACGCCGUCUUCGACUUUGGGACCGGCCCUCGCAACGCCGCCUACUACAGUCCGCAGGGUCACAUCCUGGUCCUGGCCGGAUUCGGCAAUCUUCGAGGUCAGAUGGAAGUUUGGGACGCCAAGAAGUAUCAACAGGUCUCCAAAUGUCAGGCCGCGGACGCCACUCACUUCAAUUGGUGUCCGGAUGGCGAGCACGUGGUCACGGCCACGUGCUCGCCGCGGCUGCGCGUGGGCAACGGCUUCCAGGUGCGCCACUACACGGGCGGCGUGGCGCACGCGUACGAGACCCCCGAAGGGGUGGAGCUGUGGGAAGUCCGCUGGCAGCCCUUCCCGGACGGAACCUUCCCAGAGCGACCGGUCCGCCAGCAGACGGCGAGCGCUCGGCCCGGCGCCCCGCAGGCCGCGCCCGCUCGGGCCUACAGACCGCCCGCGCUCAGGCACCUCCCGGCCGCCCCCACUUCCAAGCUGCACGAGGAGGAGGCGCCUCAGAACGCACGUCCCGCCGACAAGAAUUUGUCCAAAGCGGCGCUGAAGAAUCAGAAGAAACGAGAAGCUCGAAAAGCCGCCAAGCAGGAGCGCAAGUCCGAGGAGGAACCGCCCUCCGAGGCCGAGCCGCCCUCCGACCCCGCCCGCGUCGCCCCCAGCCGAUUGACGGAGACCUGCGGCGACCCUGAGACGGACAAGAAGAUCAAGAACGUCAACAAGAAGCUGAAAGCGAUCGAAGAGCUGAAGGAGCAACAAGCGGGUGGAAAAGUUCUGCAGAAGAACCAGCUGGAGAAGAUGCAGAAGGAGCAGCAGCUGCUGGACGAGCUCAAACUCUUGCAAGUGCAGCAGUGACACGCGCCCGCCGGCGAGCGGUGCCGCCCAAGAAAACCGACGCGCGAAGUGUCGCCGUGACGAAAGAAACGCCAGGGGGCGACGAAGCCACAACGCGCCCCGGAUUGCGCAACAAUAAAAGGCCCCUUUUCCAUA